AUGUACAUUCAUUGGGACACGCAGUUGCCUGCUCUGGCAUCCAGCUACCUUUGGUGGAAGCAUUCCAAGGAGGAAAUACACUCUGCGCCACUUGACGGUCAUUUUUUCCAUGUUACGGUCAUCAAGACUUAUGCGCUUCUUCGACAUGGGUUUCUUGGCUGCUCUCCGGUGGAACCAUCUGUUGCAGUGGAUCUUGCUACUCUGGAGUUUUACCAUCAUCUGCGCCGCCGCCAUCCCCAGCUCAGCAUCCAAACCAUGACGAAGACGUUAUGCGACCUUCACCACUUCUCGAUAGUGUUCAAUGCUUAUCUCAAUAUCCUUCGCCAUAUCCGCUCCCGAGUCAAUGAGGCCCUUGGCCACGAUGGCGUCAAAGCCCAUGAGAAGUGUCCCUGUUGUACGUACAUGCUCAAAGAUGAAGUUCAACUGGUUCCUAGCAUCCUCGUAACUCAGGACGGCAAUAACUCUUCAAAACAAAUUGCUAAUGUUGGGUCAGUUGAUGAAAGAGAAUUCACCAGUACCUAUUUUCUCUCACGGGAAGAUGUCAACACAUUCAAGGAUGAAGUUAAGCACCGGCAGCACGCCACUUACCAUGAGAUGUCUGAUGCCGGGGACAAUAACGACAUCCUGAGUUCGUGCCUGAAAUGGAAGAGCAGUGCGCCUGAACAACAGAAGAAAGCUCUCGACAUUUAUGAGGUUACUGGGAUGUUCGCUUCAGCUUGUCGCCACAGAUUUAUUAUCAAGGCUUGCGAGAUGGUACGAAGUGUAGAUUACAUCCUCAAUAAUUUCGGUGAAGAUGUUGGUUUAGGAUACGAUGUCAGCUGCACUUUCGGGGAAAUUGUUCGUAAUAGUCCGCUGUUACAGAAGAAAGCCGAGGACCUUCGACUACGCAUCUGUGUUAAUUCUUUCCAUGGAUAUGCGCACAAUCGUUUGUGCCAAGUUCAACAUCAUCCUCUUUACCUCGCUGGUUUUUGGCUCGAAGAUCUGGAGACAAUGGAACGAGUUUUUUCGUCGACAAAUGCAAGUGCACGCAUUAUUCGGUAUGCAACGCGGUACCAUUGGAAACAAGCGCUCGACAUGCAGUUCUCUCAAUGGGACAUGGACAAAUAUCAGGAACUGAGUAAAUUUUUGUUGAAUAACUAUCGUCAGGCGCUCAACAUCAUCAACGAGUACAGCCCUGUUGUCACCAAGAUGACGCAGUCCCUCAGCAUCAACGAAGAUACCAUUGAGUCGUGGAUCGCAGAGGAAUACCAAUUUCUUCUAAACCUGAAAGAGGAGCCUGAAGAGAAAAUACUCACUUGUUCGUAUGUACAGGCGCUGAAUGACCGUAACAUUGCUGAUCGUAAAUGGAACCAGGCGUCGGAAAUAUUCAGACACAUGCCAAUCACCCAUGAUAUCGACUACUCCCAGGUUGCAAAGCAGACUGCGCGAAUUGAAGCUGCUCGACGAACUGCUUUGCAAGCACUUCUCAUUAACGUACGUGCUGUUGGAGAACUGGAGGAGAAGCUUGGUAUUGCCGAAACAUGGACUGAAGCACAUCCCGACUAUAUCUCGACUAUGCAGUACAUGCGCUCACACAAAUUUCGACGAGUCCUAGAUAAUUUGCAGUGCCUCGUUGUCCAGAGGCUGUUCGAACUUUCGAAGGCGAAUAUGGCAGGCACAGGUUAUAAGCUCUGUGUACACAUUGGCAAGGCAAUCAAGACACGUAGCAAGGCCAUCCAGUCCGCUCUCACAGAAUACAACCAGCUCGCAUCAUCAAUGGAACCUCCUGCACCCCAUCUCGAGUGGAAUGACAUUGUGAAUUACGGGUUUGUCUCUGAAUUCGACCUACUCAAGCUCGCAUACUCGCAACACCCUGAAAUACUUUCCAAGCCCUGGACAGUUCCAGGCAACCGUGAAGUUGCUGUGAAGUAUUUUAAAAUACUUCGUGCUCGAGAAGAAAUUGUACGCCUCAAUGUCGAGGUGCGCCGUCUUCGUACCGCUAUAUCAGACGGGGAUACAAGGCUUCGAUCCUGCAUCUCUCGACUUCACAAUAGUGACCCAGAUCUUUCGGCCGAAAUUGAAGAAAUUCAUCGUGACCGCUUACGUGUUGAUGCAGUGCACCAGUCUUUGGUUGGAUUUUCAGAGGCCGAGGAAAUGACAUGUAUCCAUGAUGAAGCCAACGGUACUGCAGAAGACGAUGAUAUUGCAGCAGAUGAUGAGCUGAAUGAUACAAUGAUCCGGCUGGGCGAGUUUCUGGAAAAUCUGGCUUUGCAUUCUGAUUAG